CCGGGGGGUUUGGGGGUUUUUUUUUGGUGGGGGGUUAGGUCUCUCCCUCCCCGUCUCUGGCCAUCCCGCCUCACUUUCUGUUCCAGUGCAGUUCCUGACAGAGACGAGGUCCAGGAAGACGAUGGCGGCACGCAGGUUGAAGCCCAUUUUGGUGAUUGUGCUUCUUUUGGGGACUUUUGCUCCGCAAGUGGAGUGCAAUGAAGAGACGCAACUGAUCGGAAACUUGUUCAAAGGCUACAACAAGAAUAUUCGUCCCGUGGUUGACCCAAAGGACAAAGUGGAGGUCCAGAUCAAGCUGACCCUCACCAACCUGAUCUCCCUGAAUGAAAAGGAAGAGACGCUUACGACCAACGUCUGGAUUGAAAUCAAAUGGGUGGACUAUCGUCUGGCGUGGAAUUCAUCAGAAUACUUUGGCAUUGAUAUCAUUCGCGUCCCCUGCAAAACCGUGUGGCUCCCUGAUAUUGUUCUGGAGAACAACAUCGACGGCAAGUUCGACGUGGCUUACUACGCCAACGUGCUGAUUUCAUAUGACGGCUCGAUAUAUUGGCUCCCCCCUGCCAUCUACCGUAGCACCUGUGCCAUCGAGAUCAACUACUUCCCUUUCGAUUAUCAAAACUGCACACUGGCGUUCAGAUCGCAGACUUACAGCGCCAACGAGGUGGACCUCAUCUUAGCUGCCGGAGAAACCGGCGAAAGAAUCGAAUGGGUGGAUAUUGACCCCGAGGCUUUCACCGAGAACGGGGAGUGGGCCAUCGUCCAUCGUCCGGCCCGCAAGACCAUCAACCCGAGAUACUCCCCCGAUGAUCUGGAGUACCAGGAGAUCAGUUUCAACCUGGUCAUCCAAAGGAAACCUCUCUUCUACGUCAUCAACAUCAUCCUGCCCUGCUCCCUCAUCUCGUCUCUGGUGGUGUUGGCGUACUUCCUGCCGGCGCAAGCCGGAGGCCAAAAGCUGACGGUGUCCAUCUCGGUCUUGCUGGCCCAGACCGUCUUCCUCUUUCUUAUUGCGCAGAAGGUUCCGGAAACGUCGCUCUCCGUCCCCCUCAUCGGCAAGUACAUCAUCUUCGUUAUGUGCGUCACCACCCUCAUUGCCACCAAUCAGAUUGUGGUGCUGAACUUUUCCCUACGCAGUCCCAGCACUCACACCAUGUCCCAUCAAAUCAAGCACGUAAGUGCGUGGCAUCCGCCGGGACCGAAAGACCGCACGUAGCACUUCAAAAUGGAAGAGAGGCCGGCCGCCGACCCGACGUUUCUCGGCCCGGCAACGCGGCCGUCUUAUCCGACGUCGGCGCUAUUUGACCCGCCGAAACUGACGGUUCUUUCUUUCGAACGUUUGCCGAUAACCCCAGUUCGGUAAUCCACCGGCUCGGUUUUCCUUUCGUGCGAGGGUGUUGCGGGUCCCUCGCAAGGCUGCCAGCGCAAAUGAGUGACAACACCCUUGGGUUGAGACCUCCUUUGGCUCCGGUCUCUGACCGGCUACUCUUGUCACACCGCAACGAUUGGAGGCAUCAGAUUUCAUCAAUACUUUAUUGCAUUGUCAGUAGAGUAAAGUUGACAGUCCGUCUGACAACUUGGAAAAACUUGGAUCUUUGUCCAAAGAAACAUCAGUGCACGUACUCUCCAAACGUUUGCUAACCUUGCCGAUUGACUAUUUCCUAAAUUGCGGCUGUGGUUGACUUUACUUCCGUUGCCCGGCGUUUUGUCACCUACUCGGCCACAAAAGCCGAUUCUGAUUGGGACGCUGCCCGAACGGCGUCGAGGUUUACGUUCCCGCCACGUCGUCUCUCAGCUGUUUUUAGAGUCGGUGCCCCGUU